AGAGGCUAUAAAACUACCAUUGAUAAUAACAUUCUAUUGUGAAAAGUCAAGUCAUAGUUAGUUAUAUUGAUUGCUCAGGAUAUUUCUAUUAGAGUAUUCAGUUAAUUAUUUUAAAUAUAUCGCUAUUUCAUUCCUUCGUUUUACAGUAUUACUAUUCUCCAAUAUAUUAUAGAGUUCAUCAUCAUCAAUGAAGUUGUUUAAUAUUAUAAUAAGUUUAUUUUGUUAUUUCAUAAUAGUACAGGGUCUUGCUGAUCAAGAUAUGGAUCCAGAGACUACUUCUGGUCCUCCACCUCCAACUACUGUUUGGAUUACUGUGACUACUAAUGGACAUCCAGUUACUAUUCAAUCACUUUAUUCUCAAGAAUUUAUGAAAACAUAUACAGAAGCAGAAACUACUGGUGUUGAAUCUGGGGUUGCUGGAUUAGGUUCACUUCUGGGAAGUGUUGGAGGUUUAAGAACAUAUGAACAAAGUACAGUAGGAGGAGGAUCUCCUGAAAGAUUUAAUUCUAUUACGGCUAUUUAUUCUUCCAUAGUAGGAGUAAUUCUUUUAUUCUUUGGAUUAAUCUAAUCCUCCAUACUUAACUUUAUUUUACUUACUUUAACGAAAACAAAAAUAUGUAAUGAUACCUAAAAUGAAAUAACUAAAAAUGAAUUUUAAUCCAUUUUAAAAAAAAACAUAUAUAUUAUCACCAAUUAUUUUACUUUAACAUUCCAUGUAUAUUACUACUAUCUUGUAUAUCUACAAAUAAAUAGAUAACAAUUAUCAUAUCUUUCUUUAACUUGACCCCUUCCCUUCCCUUUAACUAUAUAGCUUUAAUACUAUUUUCAAAUUUACGUGCAUGUCCCAAUUUCUACAACCAAAAAAAAUUUUUCUACUGCGAUAGCU